AUGCGCUGGAACUAUCAGCAGUUUCAUUUGUCUACCGCGCACACCACACUGCUGCAAGAUGAGAAACUGUGCGACGUCACCCUAGUCUGUGACAAAGGAAACGUUGAAGCACUCCAAGUCAUUCUGUCCGCUUGCAGUUCGUACUUCGAACAGGUAUUUGUCGAAAAGAAACAUCCACAUCCGAUCAUCUCAAUGAGGGAUGUGGAGGUGAACGAAAUGUGCACCCUCUUUCAUUUUAUGUAGGGAGAGGUCAACGUUAGUCAGCGCAAUUUGCAUAACUUUAUCCAAACGGUACUAGGACUGACCAGAAGUCCCGAGGACUAUCAGCGCCUGGAGCGGAUCUGUUUCUCGCGAUAUGAGCGCGACGCCAAGACACUACCAAACGUGUUCAACAACAAUACCUGCAUGAUCACCAGUAAAAACAACCCCUUUCGUCUUGGGCUGCAACUUAACGAACACGUCAAGAUUGAGUGA